AUGGCCGCCCUGGUGUCCCUCUGCUCAUCGGCCUUUCUCUCAGAAGAGUAUUUGUCCCUCACUAAUACUCAGGAAGGAUCUCAGGAUGAAGAGCUCCCCCUAGAGGCCAAACAGAGAUGUCCUGGAAGAAGGAACCGCCACUGGCCAAGCGCUAUGAUAGUGGACAUCGGUCUCAUUGACACCAGCUACCUGGACAGUUUGGUACAGAUGGAGGACAUUCACACUCGCUCUUUGUCACCCUGGGAAUACAGUCUCAAUUCAGAUCCCAACAGAUUCCCCUUCGUCAUCGCGGAGGCCAAUUGUCUGACUUUCACUUGCGCAGACGCCAAUGGCAAUGAGAAUCCAGCCCUGAUCUCCUACCCCAUCCAGCAGGAGGUGAUGGUCCUACGUCGGGAGCAGAAAGGCUGCAGCUUCUCCUAUAGACUGGAGACCGAGGUGGUCACACUGGGCUGCACGUGCGUCAAGCCUGUCGUCAGCUAUUACUGA